AUGGCGAAGAAAUUCCAAACCCUAAAGAUGGAGGCCGGCGCUUAUUGCAUUCCCAAGAGAGUUCAGGCGCGGCGUCCUUCCGGCGAGGACGCACACUUCUUCUGCUCGGCGGCGCAGGUCAUCGGCGUGGCGGACGGCGUCGGCGGAUGGAGCCGCAAAGGGAUCGACGCGGGGAAGUACGCGGAGGAGCUGAUGACGUACGCCGCCGACGCCGUCGAGGGGAAGUCGCCGGGGGAGGUGAAUCCCCGGCGGGUGCUGGAGGAGGCGUAUCUGAACGCGGCGGCGGAGGGGAGCUCAACGGCGUGCAUAAUCGCCGUCGCCGGGCGGUGGCUCCGGGCGGCGAAUCUCGGCGACAGCGGCUUCGUGGUGGUUCGCAACGGCGGAGUGUUGUACAGGUCGCCGGCGCAACAGCACUAUUUCAACUGUCCGUACCAGAUGGGCUGCGCGUCGGGGCAGUCGCCGGACGACGCGGAGGAGCUGGUGGUGGCGCUGAGGGCCGGCGACGUGAUCGUCGCCGGAACGGAUGGGUUGUUCGACAACAUGUUUGCGUGGGAGAUCGCGGAGCUUGUGAGUGCGUGCUUGCGGGACGAGGCCGCCGCGGAGGUGACAGCGAACGCCGUCGCCACGGCGGCGCGUAGGAGAUCGGAGGGGCGUGAACUUACGCCGUUUGAAUUGGCGGCAAGUAUUGAUGCGGGUUUAGAGUCGUAUAUUGGCGGCAAAAUUGACGACAUUACCGUGGUAGUUGCUUACAUUAUCGAAUAG